CGCCAUUUGUUUGGACGCUCCAGAACCGUUUCGCGUCGGAGCAGCUCUUCGCUUCGGAGUAAAAGGGUUCAGGGCUAUGCUUGGAGGAUAGCGCAACAAUAAGCUGAUUCCUACAAUCGGAGUUCUCGAGUAUCAUGUUACGAAGAGCAAGUACAGUUAUUUCGCGAACCGAUAGCAACGUACAGCCGCCUUGUUUUAACGGCGUUUGAACGAGUCGGAUCUCAUUCUGCUGAAGGAAAGGUGUUACGAAUAGGCUAGAAUGUCUCUAAGCGCCAGCGCGGAGAAUCUGUCGUCCGAGGGACAAAAUAGCGAGAGAUGGAACAUGUGUCUGGAACUAGCGCUGGAGGGCGAACGCUUAUGCAAAGCUGGCGAUUGCAAAUCCGGGGUGGCGUUCUUCCAGGCGGCAAUCCAGGCUGGCACAGACGAUCUGCGAAUACUAAGUGCUAUCUACAGCCAACUGGGUAAUGCGUACUUCUAUCUGGGUGACUAUGUCAAAGCAAUGCAGUAUCACAAGCUAGACCUGACUCUCGCCAGGAAUAUGGGCGACAAACUGGGCGAAGCAAAAUCUAGUGGAAAUCUGGGAAACACACUGAAAGUUAUUGGAAAGUUUGACGAAGCCAUGAUAUGCUGCAAGAGGCAUCUGGAGAUAUCCAGAGAGAUUGGGGAUAAGCUUAGUGAAGGAAGAGCCCUGUACAAUUUAGGAAAUGUGUAUCAUGCGAAGGGCAAGCAAGCAGGUAGAAUAGGACAUCAGGAUCCAGGAGAGUUCUCUGAAGAUGUUCGACAGUGCUUGCAACAGGCGGUGCGCUAUUAUGAAGAAAAUUUAGAGCUUAUGAGGGAACUGGAGGAUUCUGCUGCUCAAGGUAGAGCGUGCGGCAACUUGGGCAAUACAUUCUACUUAUUAGGUGAUUUCCAACAGGCCAUUUAUUAUCACAAUGAACGUUUAAAAAUUGCCAGAGAAUUUGGCGACAAACCAGCGGAAAGAAGAGCCAACAGCAAUUUAGGAAAUUCGCACAUAUUUUUAGGCGAAUUUGAGAAGGCUGCACAGCAUUACAAGAGGACCUUAGUUCUUGCACAGGAAUUGGGAGAUCGCGAGGUAGAAGCGCAAGCAUGCUAUUCUCUGGGAAACACGUAUACUCUCCUGCGCGAUUACUCGGCGGCCAUCGAGUAUCACUUGUGGCAUCUGAGUAUAGCUCAGCAAUUAAAGGAUCGUGUCGGCGAAGGACGUGCCUGUUGGUCGCUGGGCAAUGCUUACGCCGCUAUGGGCAAUCAUGAGAAAGCGCUGCACUACUCGAAUCUGCAUCUGCACAUCUCGAAAGAGUUGGAAGAUCAAAUGGGCCAAGCUACUGCGCAGAUGAACGUCGUUCAAGAUGACUUACAAAAAAUCCUCGGUCUAGAAAAAAAUCAACAAGAGAAUCUAAACACCCAAAAAUUAACCACAAAUGCGACAUUGAAUGUUCCGACAACUAUGCCUUGUAGAUACAGAUUCAGGCGACAAAGUAUGGACAAUCUUGAUCUUAUUAAGCUCACACCUGAUGCAAAGCAGAAAGAUAAAUCGGAAAUCGUAUUGGACAAAGACGACAACGUUGCGUCGCAACCUUCUCAAAAGGAGGAAGAUAACUUUUUCGAUCUGCUAUCCCGGUUUCAAUCAGGCAGAAUGGAUGAUCAACGUUGCGCGCUCAACACGAAGCGCAAUCCAAAAUACCGAACAAUU